AUGCCUCUCCUCAAAGAAGCUCCUCCGAAGGUGCUUGUGCCCGAGAAGCUCUCCCCCGAUGGCCUGGCUCUACUGCGGAGCUCGCUUGAUGUGGAUGAGCGCAAGGGUCUCAGUCCAGAGGAGCUGCUGAAGAUCAUUCCCAACUACGAUGCACUUCUCAUUCGCUCCGAGACCAAAGUCACCGCCGCUGUCUUGCAGGCAGCUCGCCGCUUGAAGGUGGUUGCUCGUGCCGGGGUGGGGGUGGACAAUGUCGACGUCGAUACCGCUACAAAGCUGGGCAUCGUCGUGGUCAACUCACCCUCGGGCAACAUCGGUGCCGCAGCAGAACAUACCAUCGCAUUGAUGAUGGCUAUGGCACGAAAGAUCCCCGAAGGCUGUGCCAGCCUCAAGGACGGGAAAUGGGAACGUAGCAAGUUUGUCGGCGUGGAGGUCAAGGGCAAGGUUCUGGGAAUCAUUGGGCUAGGAAAGGUGGGGCUAACAGUGGCUCGCCUGGCCAAAGGCCUCGGUAUGGCAGUCAAUGCAUUGGACCCCUACGCAUCGCCGGCGGUGGCAUCGUCGGCGUCCGUGACCCUCGUCGCGUCCCUGCCAGAGCUGCUGGCCUCUGCCGACUUCCUCACCAUCCACACUCCCUUGAUUGCAUCGACACGUGGAAUGAUUGGGGAUGCUGAAUUGGCCCAGAUGAAGGCCGGAUCUCGUAUACUGAACGUUGCUCGGGGUGGCACAAUCGACGAAGCCGCUUUGCUAGCGUCACUGGAGUCUGGCCAUCUGGCAGGCGCUGCUGUCGAUGUGUUUACUUCCGAACCACCAGCUGCUGACUCCACCGCUGCAAAGUUGAUCGCCCACCCAAGAGCAGUGGUGACACCACAUCUCGGUGCAUCUACCGUGGAAGCCCAGGAGAAUGUUUCUGUGGAUGUAUGUGAGCAGGUACUGGAUAUCCUGAAGGGAUCACUGCCCCGAAGUGCAGUCAAUGCACCUCUCAUUCUUCCAGAAGAGUAUCACAAACUGCAACCCUUUGUGCGCCUGGUCGAGAAAAUUGGCAGUCUGUAUACCCAACAUUAUGCGGCCCUCCCUGGGGGAUCCAUGACUCGAAACACUUUCGAUCUCAUCUACCAAGGCGAAGUUGCCAGCAUCAACAACACAAAGCCCCUGUUUGCUGCCCUCAUCAAGGGCCUUUUGGCGCCUAUCAGCGGCUCCGAGGGGAUCAACAUCAAUAUCGUCAACGCUGAGCUCGUUGCUCGCGAGCGUGGAAUUUUCGUCAACGAGCAGCACUCCCGCGAUCCAGCGGACACUUCAUCUUAUUCGUCGCUGGUCACUCUGGUCGCACGCCCGCCAUCGCGAGCCUCCUCGCGUGCUCGUGGCCCCGCUGAUUCAUCCGGCCCUGUCCCUCCAGGACAGCCACCGCGAAUCAUCUCCGGUACUUGCUCCGGUGACCAGCCACUGAUUACCCGCUUGGGCCGAUUCGAAGCUUCCUUCGAGCCCGAAGGCACGCUUCUCAUCUGCGAGAACUACGACUCCCCCGGCAAGAUCGGCGUCGUGGGCAGCAUCCUUGGCCAAGAAGGGGUGAAUAUCAACUUCAUGACCGUUGCCCCGGUCUCGCCCAAGCUGGCGACCGGCGGUGAGCUGGCCGAUGUCAUUCCUAGCAAAGACGGCAGCGCGGACGUCGGAGUCAAAGAGGUUGCACCUGGCUUGAAGGAGGCACUUAUGAUCCUCGGGGUUGAUCGAGCAGUGCCACCGCAGGUUACUGAGGGCUUGGUGAAGGAGGGUGGUGUUCUAAGUGCAUGUGCUGUUACGCUGUGA